CAGGAGACAGUUUCCUGGUGGCGGAGGAGCUCAUGGGCCCCAGCGGGGUCAGGUACCUCCGGCUGGCCGACGGCAGGGGCUGGGCCUUCGACUACAAGCCGGGCGUCGGGCCCAUGUGCGCCAGGUACGCGCACUCAGCGCCGCAGCCGGCGCCUCUGCCCAGCGGCGGCCUGGCCGGACCGGCAUGGCCGGACUGGCCGGCUGUCAGACCCGGCGGGACCGCCACGGCCUCGGCGCCCCUCGUCGGCGCCCCGGCGCCGGCGCCCGGAGCCUGCGGGCUGCGGCCCUCGGCGUCCUUCGUCGGCGGGGCUGCGCCGCCGCCACUGGCGCCCUUUGGCCCGGCGCUGCUGCAGGCGCCGGCGCAGAGCAUUGCGCUCGGCGCCACCACGCACAGCGUGGCGGCGCCACCGACCCGGGCCACCCUGACGCCGCCCGCUGUCAUCUCGCACUCGCCAGGGCUGGGCGCCCCGAGCGGCGUGCCCCCCGCUGGCCCGCUGCCGUGCGCGGCGGGCGGCAGCCUGUCGCCGGUGGCGCAGUACACGGUGCCGCCAGAGGCGGCGCCCAGCAGCCCCCUGGACGUCUCAACCGGCAGCCUCGCAGACAGGCUGCAGCCGAGGCACCUGGGCACGCGCGUGACCGUCUACCGCUGAAUCACCGCCUGCGGCCUGCGCCGCGGCGGCUGCACGCCAAUGUGCCGGGUGGCGUGGCGCGGGGACGCCAGGUCUCCCCCCGUAACUACGAGCAUGCGUUUGCAUUCACACUCUCUCGCUCUUUCUCGUUGUCUUGCUCUCUCUCUCUGUUUCUUUCGCUCCCCCCUGUCCCUGUCCCUCUCCGUG